GCGCCGCAGAAAAAGAAAGCGACGCAGGAAGGAAGCAAACUUGAAAGCUUUGUGACUAAACACAGCGAUAGUUUCACAUGUUUUGAAUCGACAUCGAUGCGUUGAGUUGGUUCUUGUUAUGUUAAACACAAUAUCUGUGGCUGUGAGUGACUGGACUUUAUGGAUAUCGAGUACACGCGCUGCUGUCGUCCGUUAGCUGCUUAGCGUCCUUAGCUCGCCCGUUAGCCUCGCCACAUCAAAACAAGACGCCGAACAAGAUGAACGUGGUGAAAAACCGGAGUUUACUCCCGAACCUGCGCGACGAGGAGACCGUGUUGGUGGAAAACGCGAUCCGACUUGCGAUAGACUCGAUAAUAAACGUGCUGUGCGGCGUGAACAGCGCCAGGACUCGGGAGUACCAGCAGAUGGUGGCGGACCGGGACCAAGAGAUCCAGCGGCUGGAGAGCGGUCUGAAGAGGAUCGAGCACGAGCUGCACUUGCUCCGCAGACAGGGGUGCACCUGCGAGCUGUUCACUGACGAGCACGGCCUGGACCCUGGCUCCUCACAGGCUGCAGAACACCUGCAGGCGGCAGAGGAGCACAGCGGGUUCGAACCCGGAUGCCACAUGGACGCUGAGGUGAUAGCGGGGCAGCAGGAGUGUGAGAUGAGCAUCUCGUUGGGACUUUUUGCCAGACCCCCCUCGCACGCCUCUUCCGAAAGCCACGACUCGGCUCCUCCGUCGUUCCCCGGCAGAAUGUGCCUGGAGCAGGCCUGCGCCUCCCAGUCGUCCUCAGAGACGUCAGGUGUGACGUCAGGUGUGUCCGAGCAAGCGAGACAGCACCUACCGUCGUCCCCCAGCAGCCUCGUGGUCAAAGAGGAACCGUGUGACGUCGACGCGGUCCUGAUCAAGUGGGAAAUGAGCGAGGAGAGUUUCAGGGAGCACCAGGACAGCACAGGCAGCCUGUUUCAGGAAGAAGAAAGCCUCACUGUCAAAAAUAAACACGAUAACGCAGAGUUUCGGGAGAAACUGCCAGUCCACCCAGAUAGACACCAAAUCACAGAGGGACAACACUUAAGGAACAAGAAGAAAAGCGUCCCGAUGUCUGAGCUGCCAGAGGAGGCUCAGAGACUGAAGAGGGCGGCGUGGAGAGCAGCAUCCAGGCGCUACUACGCCCGCAAAGUAGCCCGGCAGCAGGUGAACCCCUCCCAUUCCGCCACCUUCCCUCACAUGCCGGCGUUGCAGUAUACGCAGCCUCUCUCUUUUGUGGAUAAGAGGAGGACGCUGAUAUCUCACUUACCUGAAGAGUCCCAGAUAAUGCAGAGGGAGGCGUGGAGGGCAGCGUCCAGGAGGUACUACGCAAGAAAAAUGUCUCGCCACCAGGCUGAGCCGGCACAGUACGGACACCUGCUCCAGAACACAGAGCCAUCUGGAGAAUCACAGGAAUCUGAGCGAGGAUCCCGAAGCAACACUGAAGGAAUAAUGUGCAGAUGAUAGAUGGGUUUCAUGUUUGGAGUCAAAACUUAAAGGGUUAGUUCAGGGUUGUUUUGAAUUGUGGUUACAUGAGGUAAUGACACAUGAACUGUCUCCAUCGAGUGUCUGGAUUUGUCUUCCAGAUGCUGUCAUUGACAUCGUGUCAAAGUAAUUAACAGUUUAUUCCUUUUAUCCACAAAGAUAAAGUCACACAUAUUUUGUCACUAUUCUCCUGUUCUGUCGUCAAAGUCUGCAAAGGUUCAGGGAUUAAGGAUUUCUCCUUAAGGCCUCUCACUGAAAACAUGGCUGCUUUAGCCACAAACAAAAGGCUCAGCUAAUCAAAUAUACACCUGUUUAACUAUUAGGAUGUUUUAAAGGUAUGUUUGCCGUUAAUAUCUCUCUGUUGGACUUUGUAAACUCUCCCAACACCAAAGUGUACAGACAAAGUCAGUGGUUUUAUUUAAUGGCACUAUGUUGAUGUGUGACUUCUGUGUUCAAAAUCCUUCAGUGACACAAACUGACCACACGAGGCAGCAGUAGACCAGCAGCUCCUGUGUUCCCACAAGCGAGAAACAGUGACAUUUCCAGUCGGAAAGAUAUUUUAGACUUCAGCAGGUUUGUAUCCAUGUGAUUCAGUGUAUUUAUGCUGCAGGUUGCUCUUCAUGUGUUGUUGCCAGUUUGUGAGACAAACUUCACUCUGCAAAUAUUGUGUGUAAACAGAGAAACCGGUUUGCUGCUGGUCAUUAAGAAACACACAACGUGGAGUCAGUUACAGCAAAGUGUAACUUUCAUUAAAUGAUUUCAAUAAUACAGGUGAACUGUCCAGGGUGUGACCCCGCCUAUCACCCCCCCCACACCAUUUCAAUCAUGUUUUCCCUCCUGUCCUCACUAGCAGUAAAGUCACAAAGACAGAGAGUGUGAGGGCGUCAUUACCUCGUACAACCACACAAAUAAACCUGUACUAUCACUUUAAUACUUGAACACUGGGGUACUUGAUGGAUUUCUAUCAAUAAUGUUGAUUUGUCUAGAGUGUUAUGAUCCAAAUGUGUUUUUUUAAGUUCAAUUUCUUUGUUGAAUUAUGUGAUGAAUAUUCCCUCGACAGUCACUGUCUCAAAAUUCUUCGGCGAUAAAUAUUUAAUAUAUAAAUAGUUUUGUACUACAUGGCAGUGGCCCUGGAGUCCAAUAUUUCUAAUUACAAUCAACUCCAGUGGUCAUAGAAUUACAGUAUAAGCCUAUCUAUCUUUAAAGGUGAAGAGAUGUACUGGCGUUUUGUUUUCAUCGUUUUAUUCAAAGCAUGUUCAAUAAUAAAACACUUUCAACACA